AUGCAACAGGACAUCUUUCGGCUCUUUGGCAUCUCUUGCAUCCUUGGCCUCUUCCAAUUCGGCCGCCUGGUUGCAGAGAUGCGCAGGGUAAAUCGCUUCGUGCUCUCGGCGUUUUCCUCCAGUGCCCUCCCCUUCCCCUUCCCCUCAGGGCUCGCCGGCUGUUGGCCCCUUGGCGCCGCUAGCACCAUUGGCUGGCAUGUUGGAGUUGGAGCCGGCAUACGCCCGGGGACCCAAGGAGAGCACAAGGAGAGCACCGAUGCGCCAAGCUUUCGCCAAGCUUUCACUCUUGGGCCCCUUUGCUCCUUUGCUGAGGUUCGCCUGCCACCGUGGGGAAACCAAGGGCACCUGGGCGCUUUCCCAGAAGAUGAGGAGGAGAGCGUCACGAGUGUCACGGAGACUUCCGGAGUCCCCGGACACAUGAGGGUCACCUGGGUCGAGUCUGAGUGCCUUGGCAGGCGGCAAGCAUGA